AUGGCGGAGAAGGAGUAUGAGAAAACCGCACGGUUGACACUUGAGUCUGUCAUUGGUUUUGGGGGUCGCAUUCCAAACAGCAUCAUUGCCCACCCGGACGCAGAACACCUCGUGUAUGCAUUAGGUGCAUGUAUUGUGAUUCAGAAAAUAAACGACCGCUCCGCCUCCAGUUUUCUCUACGGGCACAAUGACAAGAUCAGCUGUAUCGCCGUGAGCUCGAGCGGGCGUCUCAUUGCCUCGGGACAGGUGACGCAUGCGGGGUUUCAGGCGGAUGUCUGCAUUUUCGACUUUGAGGAACGCCGCAUGGUGCACCGCAUGCUCCUCCACAAGGUAAAGGUGCAGGCGCUUGCCUUUUCAAAGGAUGAGAAAUAUCUUGUUUCUAUUGGCGGCAUCGACGACAAGGCGGUGGUGGUGUGGGAUGUUUCCACCGGCCGCCCCCUCUGCGGUGCCCCGGCCCACCACACAGAGUCGAAGACAGUGGCCUUCUUCAACGGCAACUCUGAAAAGCUCAUUACGGGUGGCGUGGGGUCGCUGCGGGUCUGGACCAUUGACCCAGUGGAUCGCAAGAUGAGCCCAGAUGACAUCAACAUGGGCAACGUCCGUCGAUGCAUCACGACCAUUGCCGUGGAGGAGACGGACCGCUACGCCUACUGCGGCACCACCAGCGGCGACGUCCUGUGUGUGCUGCUGGAGCGAAAUGCCAAUGCCUACAAAAUGAGUGGUCCCCAGAAGAAGUUGUCAGGCGGCAUUACCUCCAUGAUUCUCGUGCGGUCCGGUGACGUUCUGGUGGGCAGCGGCGCCGGAGAGGUGGCGCUGCUCUCAAAGAUUAACCUGACGGUGCUGAAGUCGGUAAACGUGGGGGGAGGCGUCACGGGGCUUGCGAUGGUCCCGCAGGGCUACAUUGUGGGGACCAUGGAGAGCAACGUGCACCUCGUGGAGAGCGGGAACUUUAACGCGGAGCUGCGACUGACAUGUCACAGCGACACUGUGAACGAUGUUGUCUUUCCAGAGGGUUUCAGUGCCCUCUUCGCAACAUGCUGUGGACCCGACAUUAGAGUAUGGAACGCAACCACCUCCAACGAGCUCCUGCGGAUUCAAAUUACUGGGCUCCAAUGCAACUGUGUUCAGUUUACAAAGGAUGGCUCUAUGAUAGUCUCUGGCUGGGACGAUGGGAAGCUGCGCGCCUUCGGUCCACAAUCCGGCAAGUUGGUGUUUGCCGUCAACGAUGCGCACAAGCGAGACGGCAUCAAAAGCACGAGUGGCAGUGCCGGUGGGGUGACUGCGGUGUGCGUUGACAGCACCUCGCAACGCCUCGUUUCGGGUGGGGCGGACGGCCUUGUCCGGUUCUGGCAGGUGCAAGGCAACACCUGCGCGCUGGAGGCCUCCAUGAAGGAGCACAAGGCCACGGUGAACGCCGUGUGUAUUUCAAAGAACAACAUGGAGUGCGUCAGUGCCAGUGACGAUGGCAGCUGCAUUAUCUGGGACCUGGUGCGGCAUGUGCGUCGCGACGUCAUCUACUCCCAGACGCGGUUUCGAGCUGUGGAGUACUUCGUAGACGAAAGCCAGCUGCUGACGACGGGAACGAACAAGACGAUCACGUGGUGGGACAUUGUUGACUGUGGGGCCAUCCGCGAGAUCCCCGGCAGCAAGACGGGCGAGUUGAAUAGUCUCUCCAUCUCCGCCGAUGGCCGCUUCUUCGUCACGGGGGGAAACGACCGCAUCGUGAAGGUGUGGAGCUACGACCAGGGCGUCUGCGUCGCCGUGGGGCUGGCGCACAGCUGCAACAUCCAGAAGGUGCGCAUCUCGCCGGACGACAAGAAGAUCGUCUCGGUGGGGGACGAGGGGGCGAUCAUGAUUUGGUCCGUCGACGACCUCGACAUCCCCACGCUGUAG